UGUGUAUAUCUGGGUAUUCUGGCGCGGUAAAGAGCUGGUCUGUUUGGCUGGACCUUCCCAUCUGGGUUCCAUCUGUGUUUCCCUGGAAUCGGACAGGCAGCUCUAGUCAGUGAGAAAUCGCAGAUGUGAGAGAGCUGACACAUGUCCAGCUAAUGAAAGGAGGAAGGCUGGUCUGAGGCUGUGCUCGAAGAUUAAGAGCAGAAAAAGAAGAGCAUUUUAUUUAUAUGUCAAAGAAAUUAGGAGUAUUCUACAAUAGCUGGAUUGUUGUAGCCUCCUGGGUAUUUUGGUUGCUAGCGAGAAGAGGGUGCCAGUGAUGCCUGGGUCGCCCGUGGAAGUGAAGAUACAGUCAAGAUCUUCUCCUCCAAGCAUGCCCCCGCUGCCACCAGUGAAUCCAGGCGGACCUCGGCCAGUGUCCUUCACCCCUACAGCAUUGCCCAAUGGGAUGAACCAUUCUCCCCCCACGCUGAACGGGGCACCCUCUCCACCCCAGCGCUUCAGCAACGGUCCUGCCUCCUCAUCUUCGUCCUCACUGACCAAUCAGCAACUCCCAGCAACCUGUGGGGCCCGGCAGCUCAGCAAACUCAAGCGCUUCCUUACCACUCUGCAGCAGUUCGGCAACGAUAUUUCACCAGAGAUCGGGGAGAAGGUCCGGACCCUCGUCCUAGCACUAGUGAACUCGACGGUGACGAUUGAGGAAUUUCACUGCAAGCUCCAAGAGGCCACCAACUUCCCUCUUCGCCCCUUUGUGAUUCCAUUUCUGAAGGCCAACCUUCCUUUGCUGCAGCGGGAGCUGCUGCACUGCGCCCGGGCUGCCAAGCAGACGCCGUCCCAGUACCUCGCCCAGCACGAGCACAUCUUGCUGAACACAAACACCGCGUCCCCGGCCGACUCCUCGGAGCUGCUGCUGGAGGGGAACGGGACUGGGAAGAGACAGAGCCCGGACAGAAGAGAAGAGACUAGUUUUGAGAGAGACCCCCUCCCGUCGGAGCCGCCGGCCAAGCGAGUGUGCACCAUUAGUCCAGCCCCGCGGCACAGCCCUGCCCUGGCUCUACCCCUCAUGAAUCCCGCGGGGCAGUUCCAUCCGACCCCCCCGCCCCUCCAGCACUACACCUUGGAGGACAUCACCACGACCCAGCUGUACAGAGACCCCGGCAAGCUCCUGGAGCAGAGGGAGAUGUGCGACAGACAUCGCAAUCUCAGUUUGAAUGGAGGCUACCAGGAUGAGCUGGUGGACCAUCGCUUAACAGAGAGGGAGUGGGCUGAGGAGUGGAAGCAUCUCGAUCACGCCUUGAACUGCAUUAUGGAAAUGGUGGAGAAGACGCGGCGCUCGAUGGCUGUCCUGCGGCGCUGUCAGGAGGCCGACCGGGAAGAGCUCAACUACUGGAAGAGGCGGUGCAGCGAGAGCACAGAGGCGAGAAAGGGAGGGAGCGAAUUCAUCUCGAGGCAGCACAGUCCCGGGAGCUCGGACUCCAUUAGUAGCGAUUCCCAACGGGACUUCAGCAGCAGGUCAGGGGCAGGCUACGUUACUGAAGAGAUAUGGAAAAAAGCUGAAGAAGCCGUGAAUGAGGUGAAGCGCCAGGCCAUGUCUGAGGUGCAGAAAGCUGUGGCGGAGGCAGAGCAGAAGGCAUUUGAAAUGAUUGCGUCGGAGAGGGCCCGCAUGGAACAAACCAUUGCAGAUGCGAAGCGCCAGGCUACUGAGGAUGCCUUCCUAGUCAUUAAUGAGCAGGAGGAGUCUACAGAGAGCUGCUGGAACUGCGGUCGCAAAGCCAGUGAGACGUGCAGUGGGUGCAACAUUGCCCGCUACUGUGGCUCUUUCUGCCAGCACAAAGACUGGGAGAGGCAUCAUCGGAUCUGCGGACAGGGAAUACACAGCCAAGCCAAGCCAACCGGGCGAUUGGCAGCAGCCACUGCCAAGCCAGCUGAUGGGGUUCCAAGUCCUGCCCUAGAGAAGACCUCUGCAACGACCUCCCGAUCCUCUACCCCAGCUUCCGUGGCAGCAAUAGACACUAAUGGACUCUAAAUCUUCCAUUCCCUUCAGUCUGUUUUAUACCUUGUCCUGUUUUCACACACUUCUGCUCCACGGAGUGUUGUCAAGACGCCACUGGCCACGCCAGAGCCCUAAUGCUUCAGCUGCUGUCUGUGGGGCUUGGUCUGUUUUGUUAUAAUCCAUCAGCAGUGCUUAGGGACCAAGGCCAGCCUAGCCCGUGGGACCGCAACGCCCCUCAUUGUGAAGUCUUGGCACCUGAAAGCACAUCACUUCGACCGAGAGGACUGUGGCCGCCUCCUCUUGGUCUUAACUGAACUUCCUUGGGAAGGCACUCCCAUGUCCUGACUUGGCAUGCAGGAGCACCCGGACAACCAGCACGCCGUAUCCAGGGAUAAAGUGUGGUGAUCUCCUUUCUGCUGGCUGGCUGGGCCGCCGGCGCAGCCUCCCCAUGCAACUUGCUGCCCCUCCUCUUUCACCAGAUGCAUACUUUGCAUCUGCCCAGAUGGCUUUACACCUGCUAACUCUGCAAGGAACUGCCCGCCUGAGCAAAUCUUCCACCCAGGGAGAACUUCUCACAAUAGGAAAUCCAGGUUUUUGGUCACAGAUUUCUGCUUUUCCCCAGGCCUGAGCUCGCAUGGACUGGAGGGGAUGGGCAUUCCCUGGAGAGGAGAACUCUGCACUGUAGAGGAGGGAAGCCAGACACGUCUCCGGGCCGAGAGGAAACAGCUGAUCUUUGUUAUAUGGCCCAUUUGUUCAUCCUGUUCUCUAACCGGACAGUCCGUUGUUCAUCAGUCAGCUCAGUUUGGAGCCCCCGUUCUCCGUGUUUGCUGAUUAUUUCAGACCAAAUCUUGACUUGUCAUUGUGCCUCCUGGCUGGAUUGGGUUACUUUCCUGUGCAGAAAAGAUCUUCCCACUGCAUGGAAGCUGCUAGUUUUAGACUUGGCUUAAUUUCCACUCUGAGUAUCCACGCGAUUACAGGGGAUCGUUCGCAGCCGAUUCAAAGGAAAGUCUCCGCGGUUUGCAGCGUGUUAAUUUAUGUCUAACUGGGAUGACUAGAGCUCUGGCAUGGGCUUUGCUCUCGGCUGCAGUCCAGGCAGAGCUGUGCAGCCCAAGGAAUACCCCUGCUUGCACUGCACUAGAGUGUUUUAAACCGGUGAACGUCGUCCUGCCCGUCACUCAAAGCCUGCUCUCGAGAGGGCUGCCCAGUAGGGUGCCAUCUCAGGAUCUGGUCCGGAGGGAAGGUUGGCUCGGUGCACACAGUUUACCUAGAACUCCUGAGCCCUGUGAGAGCUUGUUACGUGUGCAGCUACUGCAACAGGAAUCGGAGCAUGUUCAUGAGUAAGGCCUAGCGUAUCCAUCUCCUUUGGGGUUUUAUUUCGCAGAGGCGGCUGCUGCUGUUCUGUGACUUAUGGGUUGGCGCCAAGCAAGGCAAACGAUUCCCAGAUUGUUUGGUCCCUUUGUAGAAGGGAAGCUGGCAAUGGAGAUGGAAUUCAGUGUCUCUUAGGCUCGCAACAGCGACGGGCUUGCAGAUGGCUGGUGGUGAUCUAGCAGGUAGCGAGCAGGCUGGCCGCUGUGCUCCCUAGGGAGUGUCGUUUGGAGCCUGCAGCCUCCAGGAAUGAAGUGCUUAAUUCACAUCUCAAAUCUCUCAGCUCGCAGGCGCAAAACUCCCCAUGGCUGAAAUUCCAUGGUAAGAGCCUCUUGUUUUUAUCCCGGGAGAGAUGGUCAGUGCCACAGUUCACAGCAUGGACUCGGAUACGGCGUGCAGGUAGAUGAUACGGAUGUUAAAUUUUAGUUAAUCAGCUAAUUGAGUAGUCGAUGGAAUUUCCAUCGACUACUCGAUCAGUCGAUUGGAGGGGGCACUUGCUAUCCCGGCUGCGCCUCUGCCCUUUAAAUGUAAUAAGAGUCCCACACCUCUGCUCAUGCCAUUUCCCCCACUGUGCCUCUGUUUCCCCUAUCCCCCACAGAGACAGUAUUGGGGGAAACUGGCUUUUAAGCCUACUCCCACCAGCUCCUGCUCCCUCCCCCCCAUUGCUGCCUCUGAUACAAGGGGGGAGCAACUAGUCGAGUAGUGACUCGACUACCUGAUAAGGCUCAUCAGGUAGUCAACUGGUCGCUUACAUCUCUUGUAGAUGAAAGAGCUACUUCUCCAGUACAAACUCUGCUGCUUCUUAGCUGUACACAAAUCCGGAUUGCAGGGUGCAGGGAUAAUUGCUGGCGAUGUUCCUUCCUCGUCUGAAGUCCUUCCCUAUGGAUGUGGGCAUACCUACCUGAAGCACAAGCUGGGGCCGUGUCUGGGGAGGAGGCUGUUCAGUAGCCGUCUGUAUCCACCUCCGAGAACAGCUGAUGCCUCCCAGACAACGGAAACCUAUUUGCAAACAGUUCUUAUUCUAAGGAAGGUUCUCAUCUCUGUUUCCUUCAUCUCCUGUGGCUGUUCAGUGUAUUUCUGCUGAAACCGCACCUCUAGUGUGAAAUCCCUACAAAGUCCCUUUCUGCUUUUAACCGAUCGGACCUUUCCAGUGAUGAUCCAGUAUUCCUCAACGUUGAGCUGGGUUCAUAAAGAACAGAGAAGCUGCAGAGUAUGUAGUUUUCAUGAAACUACCCUGCAUAACAGAGGGCUGGAUUCUGCGCUCCUUGUUCAGUCAGCGCACCCAAUGAGAGGGUUGAUUAAGGACCCUUUUGCUACAGUGCUAAUCCUGAAAACUUUUACCAUGGCCUCCAGUAACUACAUAACAUUGCCUCAGAAGUUUGGCGAGUCCACUGUAUUUUGCUACAAGUACUGAUGCGUUAGUUGACUAAGGCCAGUCACUGUAAGAUCAGACCCCAAAAAAGACAAGAACAAUACCGUGCUAUAAGGAAUUGUUUGUAAAUAGUCUUCCAUCGUUUUCAUGCAGCUUUGAUGGCUCCUUAUGUAUUAAAGUAAAAAUUAACCCCAGUGUAAAUAAAUCAAAUACUAACAGUCAUGAUUAGAAUGAUUUUUUUUAAACAUGGAAUGAUAAAUGUGAAAUUCUGGUAUGGGAAGACUUGUUGGAUUGAGUUUUCUAUAUUUUGUCAUUUAAUUCUGUAAUAGGAAUUUGUUAAUUCCUGGGCAUAACUUAUUUAAUGUACUGUAUAAAGGAACCCGAACUGUUACAGAUGUAUUUAGUUUGUUCUACUCAAAGUAGUCAAUAAAAAGACUAUAUUCAUCUUA